UGUUCUACAUAUUUUAUGUUUAAUAGUGCAAUGCAUUACAUAAUAUUGUUACCUAAUUGAAGAUAAUCAUGCUAUAUUAGAAGUAAAAUAUGGUUGGUGAUGGGUUGCUGAUCCGGUGUUGGGAGACAAUGCAUAAACAUCGCUGAUAUAGUUUUCGGAUCCAGAUCCAAAUCACGUUGCGACUCAUUCAGCUGUGAAGAGGAUGAGUUGCUCUUGUCUCCCUAACCAUGUAAUAUAUAUUGAGCAGAUGCCAAAGGGAAGGAAAGCAAACUGAAACACCCAAUUGCACAUUCAACUGCAAAGCACAAGGCCUCUCUCUUUCUCAUUAAAAAACAAAAUGGCUUCCUUCCAUGCUCGCUCAAACAGCUUGCCUUCAACAUCACAUCCUUUCGUUACAGAAUUUGAUGAGAAGUUGUGCAGAUUGAAGGCAUCAGAAACCGCCUCUUCAUCAUCAUCAUCCAUAAGCCACAAACUCAGUGGCCUUCAAGAUUUGCAUGAGUGUGUUGAGAAGUUUCUUCUCUUGCCAUUCAGUCAACAAGCCUUAGCCCAGGAGUGUGGAGACAAAGGGAUCAAUGAACUAUUCGAUGGAUCUUUGAGGCUCCUGGAUGUGUGUGGCAUCAUUAAGGACGCCCUUUUACAAACAAAGGAAUGCACACAUGAACUUCAAUCAAUCAUGCGCAGAAGACGAGGAGGUGACAUGAGCUUCAUGAGUGAGUUUAGGAAAUACCUUGCAUCUAGGAAGGAUGUCAAGAAGUCAAUGAACAAGGCCUUAAAGGUCAAGGAAAGUAAGUGCAAAGACAAGAACCAUGAGACUCCAGCAGUUGUCAACAUGUUGAAAGAGUUAGAUGCAGUCACCGGCACUGUGUUUGAAUCCUUGGUCUCCUUCAUAGCUGGUUCAAAUUUGAGAUCAAAAUCAAGCUCUUGGUCAUUAGUUUCCAAGCUGGUGCAGCCUAAAAGAGUAGCUUGUGAGGGUGAGGAAGCUGCGGAUACGAAUGAACUUGAGAAGGUGGAUGCUGCAUUGCACUCCCUUAUCAGUCACAAGUCAAGCAGAUCUGGUUGUGCAGCGCAAGCCGAGAAUCUGCAAAAUUUGCUCCAAGAAUUGGAGGCAAACAUUCAAGACAUUGAAGAAGGACUUGAGUGCUUGUUUAGGCGCUUGAUCAAAGCCAGAGUCUCUCUUCUCAACAUAUUCAACCAUUAGGCAUGAAAAUCAUCAUGCAGUAAAACAGGCAUCCAAUUUUGUAGAGAUCAAACAAACAUACUUGUAUAUGAAAGA